UUGCGGCAGAGCUGUGUUGUUCCGUACGAAGAAAACGAAGUAGGCCUCACCAACUUCUUCAAAACUAUGUGAAAAAAUAUUUUAGAAAUAAGUUAGAACUGAGUAAUCUGAAAAAUUCCUUAAAAGAAAAAGUCGGAAUUGCUGAUAUUGUAAAAUAAAUUACAGCCACUAAGGUAACAACAUAAAUGGUUUCUGUUCAUUUUUCAAACAGAUGUGACUAGUGUUAAAUUUGUUAGAAGUAAUAUUAUCUAAUAUUUAAUAUUUAAAAAAAACUGCUUUCAAAAGGUUAAGGGAAUACCCUUAUACUAAAUACCGCCGCAAGUUUAAGUUCGAUAACAAACCGUUAUCGAGGCAGAGCUAUCGCAAGCCCCAAUCGAUGACAAGCUGACGUGAGAUUUUUGAUUUGAUUUGUUUGGCCUCGACUUGCCGGAAUUUCCUUUCCAUUUGUAAGCCUUUGUAGACGCGUUCUGGCCAGGAUCUAAAUCGAACCGAGAACCGGGUGCGAAUCAGAAUGCCCGUGGUGGAGCUGUGCGUGGACCGCAGCCUGGUGUGUCCCAACUUCGAUGGCUACAAGCUGUCCUUCGACCCGGUGCCGGUGCUCGAGCAGCAGAUCGAGUGCGAGCCGCUGCACCUGCUGCCGCACCAGGACCAGUACUCGCUGCUGCACGUGGAGGUCUUCGGCCGGCACAACCACCUGUUCGCGGAUCCCUGGCAGCGCCACUGCAGCUACUACAUCAACGUGCGCCACCAGCUGAUGCAGUGCCUCUACGAUCCGCAGAGCGGGCACUCGCUUGGCCAGCGGGUUGUCUACACCAUCGAUUACCGCGACCAGGGCGAUGGCUACCAGCAUCUGAGCGGGGACUACAACUACUCCGUGUCCUUCAUUUCGGAGCGAUUCUGUGUGAUCUGCGACGGGAUGACCUCGUACCACCUGCUGGACACCGGCGAUCGAUCGCGGCCCGGCCAGCAGGCAUGGGAGCGGAUCACGCGCACGCCAGUGAAUCAUACCAGCGAGUAUCGCGGCUUUGUGCUCUACGACGCCCGGCUGGAUGUGGUGCAGGAGCGCAAGCAAAUCUCUCUGCUGGCCGGACAUGUGGCGCGCCGGGAUAAGAGCUUGGCGAGGGAACGGGUGCAGGUGCAUUACAUGGAUCUGACGUGGGCACGCUGGACGCAAUCGCCGGCCAGUGGCGAGUGGUCAUAUAGCGUCUGCCAGCGACUGGAGACCACUGGCUCGGUGCUCUACUGCGCCUUUGAGCCCCGCGCCGAGUCCCUGAUCAUUGCCAGCAACCGCGAGGUGCAGACACCCGAGCAGCGCCGGGAAUCGGAUGAAGCCGAAGCUGUAGCUCCUACACCAGCAGAUCCACCUGUUCCUCCAGUUGUCCAGGUGCAAAAUGGCGACCAAGCACACUAUCGCUGGACUCAGACCACUGAAAAUGUGCACAUCCGCUUCGAAGUGCCCACAAACGCCUCCAAGGACGACUUCAACGUGAGCUGUACAAGUAACUUUGUCGAGGUGAAACACCUGGACGAGGUGCUCUUUACCGGGCAGUUAUACGCCAGGUUGAACGAGGAUUUCACCACCUGGACCUUGGAGGCGGAAGGUCUGGAAGGCCUGGAGGUGACGCUGUCGAAAGAUGUGCGAGAGCACUGGCCGCGAUUACUACCACAGGAGGAAGAUGGCGGGGAGGCCGCUGCGCCGCUGCCCAUUCCCAAUCUGGAGGAUCCCAUUGAGGAGUGCGACCUGGGACUGGCCGAUGAGGACGUGAAGAUGGUGCGCUUCAAUCUGCCCAAGGGGUGCAUCACCCACACCAUUUUCCUGGGCUCCAAUCCACUGCUGUUCACCGCCACGCUGCGUCCUGGAUUUCCGGCCGCCUUUGCCACGCGCCAGGGCGUCGAUGCAUCCCUGUGGCUGCAGAAGUACCAGCCGAGUCGCCCGGACGAGUGGGGCGUCCGCCACGAGGGCCAGCUGCACGCCUUCGGCUAUGUGCAGGCCUCCAAGGAGAUGCGCAAGUACACCGCCUGCUGCCCGGACCUGGAGUACGUGGCCAUCUGCGAGACCUUCCGCCAUGUGCUCGUCUACUGGCCGCGUCACGACUCUGCCGGCGGACUGCGCAAGCGCAACGGGCCGCCCGUCACCGUGGGCAAGCAGAACCUCAUCACCAUCGACCACAGGCUCGGCGAGAUCCUGGGCAUAUCCACAGCUAACAAUGUGAUCACGGUUAUCACCAAACGCGCCCUGCUCCACCUGCAGGUGUAGCCGGGCAUAAAUUCCUUCUGGCUCGCAGCACCUUUUGGACUUUUCUAUUUGCAUUUACUUUAAAAAUUUAUCGUUGAGUAAACAAUAAAUGCAGAUUGUUAAACCACCA